AAUCACGCCUGCGGCUCUUGAAAACAUUCCCUCCGGUGUCGGUGGGCGCGCAUGCGCACGGCGGCGCGCAGGUCGGGAAGAUGGCGGCGGCCGAAGUUUGUGGGGUUUGUUUUUGUUGCUGUUGACGGGGAUUGCGAUCGUUGCGAGUGCGUUUGUCACCACCGCCGGUGCCGGGGGCGGCGGGCGAACCAGGGAGACGGACGGGGAAGCAGUGAUACAACGCGAGAGGAGAAGCCUGUAGGUCUCAUAACAUGGCCGAACCGCGGCGGGUCUCUCUGACUACGCUUCCCGUCUCGGCUCCUCUGUUGAAGAAGAAGAAAGAAGAAGAGGACGAAGAGGAGGAGGAGGAAGAGGGGGAAAAGGUGAAGAAGGGUGGAAUAUCCACCAUCACGUCGCGCCAUACGCUGGCUCUCUUCGAGUCGAGCGAGAAGAGUUGCCCUGAGUUUUAUUACCCCGAGUUAAUGCGAGUGCGAAAGAAAGAUGCAGCUAAAUAUUAUGGUACCCCUUUUAAUGAUGACAAAAGGGAAGAAGAAGAAAUCGAGACCUUGGCAAAGAAAUUUGAAGAAAAAUAUGGUCCAAAAAAACGCAGGAAGGAUCGUAUCCAAGAUCUUAUCGACAUGGGUUAUGGAUAUGAUGAAACUGACCCAUUUAUUGAUAACUCAGAAGCUUACGAUGAACUUGUUCCAGCCUCCUUGACCACUAAGUUGGGUGGUUUUUACAUUAAUAGUGGAACUUUGCAGUUCCGUCAAGCAUCUGAGUCGGAUGGGGAUGAUGACUUUAUAAAGGACAAGAAAAAGACAAAAUCUCCAAAGAAACGGAAGUUAAAAGAAGGAAAUGAAAAGAUAAAGAAAAGGAAGAAAGAUGAUGGGCAUGAGAAAGAUAAGAAAUCUCAAAAAUCAAAACUUUCUAAACAGGCUGGCAGGAUAAUGCCAUUGAAUGUCAAUAAAGAAGACAAAAAGAAAAAGAAAAAGUACAUGGGGGCAUUAGGUGUGAGAGAAAUGUUAAAAAAAUUUGAGAAGGAGAAAGAAGCCUUGAAGAAACGAGAGGAUGUGAAGAACUUGCCAAUCUUACAGACAGCAGCUGUUGCCUCUCAUAAAAUUGAUAGUAGCUCUAUAAAUAACAUCUCAGAUCCUUUGCUUUCACUUAUUGGAUCUGCUAAUGAUGGUGAUCUUCUGCAUGUAGCCAGUACUGUUGACCUAGAAAUAGAUCUAGACCGUCUUCUGAAUGACUCACCCCCCGGCAGUCCCCUUAAUGAUUUUGAUGAUGGCAGUGAUCCUCUUCCUACUCUGCAGCACUCAACAAUGGGACAGAUACCAAAGCAGGUCCCCACAUUGCCAGAAGGACUUCCUACGCUGUUAGAAAAAUGUAUCAAAGAACUAACACGGGCUGCCAAAGCAUCAGAAGGAGAGGGGAAGCAGAAAUUCUUCACACAGGAUGUCAACAAUAUUCUACUAAAUAUUGAGCUACAGUCCCGUGAAUUGAAUAGUCAGGCCCGCUCUGGGGUUUAUGCACACCUGGCAUCCUUCUUACCAUGUAGUAAGGACACACUGGUCAAAAGGGCAAAGAAACUGCACAUGAAUGAGCAGACUGGGGCGAAAUGGCUGGUAAAGACAGGUCAAUGCUUAAUGCAGGAUGGUCGGCUGAAAGAACCUAUGCAGAAACUGAAGGAAGCAAUUGGAAGAGCAAUGCCAAAUCAGAUGUCAAAGUACCAGGAUGACUGCCAGGCUCAUAGUCAAGCUAAAAUUGCCAAGAUGAUGGGAGAAGAUAAGGACCAGAAGGAAAAAAUGUUCUCUGAUGAUGAUGAAGAUGAUGAUAAAAUGGGAAGAAGAAUCGUCGGACCUCGUAAAAAGUUCCACUGGAGCGAUGAGAUAAGAGAUUUACUAUGCAGUGUGGUGAGGACAAAGAUGGCUUACUAUGAGCAGGAGAGAAACAAGUCCCAGGCUGCAGAAGACUACCUGAAAGCUUUUCUUGAAUCUGAGGUCAAACCACUCUGGCCUAAAGGAUGGAUGCAAUCAAGAACAUUGUUCAAAGAAAGCAGGAAAGUGCAUGCCUAUGUCACCUCAGUACCUACCAAGAAGAAAGUCAUUGCUCCCCCAAAGUCUAAAGUGAAGGACCAUAUUCUUAAGACGGAGCGAAAAUUACAGCAAUCAGUUACCUCGGUUCACAGUGGUAAUGCUGCCUCCUUUGUGCAGGGACCUUGCACUUCACCUUUGACCCCAGUAAAUGUGUCAGUUUGCUCCAGUGCUGCUCAGAGUUCCAGUAAUACAACGACUCCUCAGUCCUUCAGUUUAGAUGAUUCGCUUGAGGAGGAUCUAUCUAAUAAUCAGCCUUCUCUGGAAGAUGUGUCUGAAGCAUUGGCUGCUCUUAAUGAUGCUGCAGGAAGUACCAAGAACUUCAGUCCUUUAACAUCAAAUUCAUUAAGUGACAAGUUAACAGUGGUGGUGUCAUCAGAAGAGAAGAAACAUGUACAGAAGGUUCCAACUUCCUUAUCUGAUCCACCACCUGCUACUCAGUCACAUUCAUCUCUCAAUCUUUUGGCUGAACAGGCAUUAGCUUUGGGACAACUGUCUCAGGAAAGGACUUCAGAGAGUGCUACUAGUCUUAUCACUGCCUUUAAAAACCAUUCUUCAACAAACAGCAAAGUUUUCUCGGAGACGCUUCAAAACAAGCAGAAGCAUCAUGGUUUGCAGCGUCUGCAGCCCCAUGUUCAAAGUCAGGUGUCGGCACAGGCUACCAAACAGUAUCAUCAGACCACAUCACACCAGAAAAGCUACAUGUCAUCACCAUCUUUUAGCACAAGCAAACUGCAAAGCAGUUCUCAGACUAAAACUACCAGCCAGUUGCAACAACGGCCAUUAAUUCAGCAUCUAAAAUCUUCAACAAAGACUCAAAAUUUCCAUUCUGUCUCUUCAUCUUUAGCAAGUAACAUACAGACAUCUCCCAGCCCUCAACGAACGUUUGGCACUUCAAUUAUGUCUGUCAGUUGUACAGCAAAACACAGCAAUGCACAGAGCUCUGUAAAUCAACCUUUCAAGUCACCAAUGACUGUGGUCUCAGCAACUAAACAUUCUUCCCCUUCCAGUAACCCCAUUCAGAACAUAACCAGUGUUCAAAGCUCUGUAUCCAGUAGUAGUCAUCUAAGUAGACAAUCUCCAUCUCCAGGACAGGCAUUAAAUCGGCAGUCGCCUACUAUAAAUGUAAAGAAGCCCUCCAUUUCUCAGAAACUUACUCUGGUGGCUCCUCCAGGUGGUAGUAAUGGAGAUUCAAGUAGUGGGACACAGGGUGUAGCUAAACUGCUUACUACUUCUCUUAAACCUGCAGUUGUUAAUAAUUCUACAGCUACAGGAACAAUGCUGUCUCUACAGGCUACCACAGGAGCAGCAUUGCUUGCAAGUUCUCCAUCUAUGAGUCUUCUAUCACCUUCCUUUAAUACAACAAACCAGAAAAUAACUUCAGCAACCCUGAGCCAAGCCUCACUUGGGAUGAUGCCGGGCAUUGUUCCUAUGCACUUUACAUUCCCUACAGUUUUAACAUUAGGCUCAGACUCUGCACCAAAAUCAGCCGUAUCAACGGAUGCAAUUGUCACGGGUCCUGCCCCGGGGACAUUCCACCAUGGCCUUGCACAUAGUAAGUUGUACGUUGUAGAAUCUUUGGAGGGUGAACCAGGAGCCCAUCUAGUUGUUUGGAGUCACCUGCAAUGCAGUUUUACUGGAGUAUUUAUGGGAGUAGGAGCACAGAAGUAUAAUUCACUUCAAAAUUUAAUAAGUAUGUUAAGAAGUAAUACAAAUUAUUUUUUGUUUUGUUUAAAAUUUUGUUGUUGCUCAUUUUUGUUUAGAGAAAAUUAUUGUACUGAAGGUAUUUGCUGAUGGCCUAUUUGAGCAAAUUGGCUUUGUUGAACCCAUAGUUUGAUGUUAAAAUGAAGUGUGUUUCAUGGAUGGCAUUGUUGAUUCAUUUCCUGCCAGCUGUUAUAAUUAGCAACUCCACACUUAAGAUAUUAUCAUGACUAAUACUUGACACAUCUUAACCAUUGAUAGAUGCAACUACAUUAGUCAAAUUUAUGUUAUCGGUAAACAUUUUCUCCUGAAGACAUGUUAUUGGAGAUGUUACAGCAGUUGUACCUAUUGUGAAGAAACUAGAAUACUGGGGAGACUCAAGAGACUGCAGAUGCUGGAAUCUGGAGCAACAAACAAUCUGCUGGAGGAAUUCAGUGGGUCGAGCAGCAUCUGUAGGAGGAAAGGAAUUGUCGACGUUUCAGGUUGAAACCCUGCAUCUGGGAUCUGUAAUUAGAUCUUGCUACUCUCUCAAACAGUCUCCACACAUCCACACUUAACCUAGUCUGGAGGCAGAGGGCAUUGAAGUCCUGAUGGCAGCAAGGUGGUAUAGUGUAGAGGCCUGUUCUCUGGAACACCACUGACAGGCUUUGGCAGAAGACACAACUGCAGAUGGAGUAUUGUCUGCUGUCAAAGCUGCAAGUAUUUUUAAGAUUUUUUUUGUAAUGUGACAUUUGUAAACUUUUAAACUUAUACAUUGAAAAAAUGAUUAAGGAUAGCUUUUUAAAGUAAAUUAAUUAAAAUCACAAAAUACUUAGUAAUAAUUAAAAGCAUUAAACUUGCUUUUUAAAAAAAAACCUUUUUGUCUCUUAAUCUGCUAGCCUAGGUUCUCCAUUGAAGUCACUGUGGUUCCAGAUCCUACAUUAUUCAGGUCCCAAGCAGAUUAGACUAAUAGUUACCAGCAUAUGGCUGGGGAAUCCCACCAAGACAGAACUUCAUAUGAAGUCUAGCUACCUGGUGUAGAGAUGAACAGUGCACCACCUUAAUAGAAGCAAAGGAGGAAAUAAGACAGGCUCUGACUAUAAUUUAACCAAUUCUCUUUGGCUACAGGCAUUGUACUAGAGGACAGGAAGUUUUUUGUUAUUUAGAAAUACUGCUAAUUGCUACCCUGAUCCUUAGCCAGAUUAGACUACCAUAGGAUUUGAGACCUCAUAGAAUUCAGUGGAUAAUACGGGUUUUGCUUUUAGUGAGAUAUAUUGGACUUCUUCAUGUCCUCUACAUUUAAAAAGAAUGCCAGUGGUACCAGAAGUGGUAGUGUCAAAGUUCUAGGCUGCAGAAAGAUAUUAGUGGAUUAGUUAAUUUGACACAAAAAUUGCCAAUGCGUUUCAGGCUGCAGAAGUGCAAGUUAAUGCAUUUAAGGAAGCCAAAUAAAGCAAGAGCACAUUUGACAAAUGGUGGAGUGGUAGAGAUGUGUAGAGAAACAAAGGGAUCUUGAAGUGCAUAUUCACAGGUACAUGAAGGACAAGUGGAUAAGGAAACAUGAAGUACUUGCCUUUAUCAGAUAAGGCAGAAAAUACAAGGCCAAGGAGGUACUACUAGAACUGCAUAAAAUAACCAGCUAAGUCUCGGCUAGAUUGUGUACAAUUCUGGACAUCGGAUCACAGAAAGGAUGUGAUGGUGCUGGAGAGGGAGCAGAGGAGAUUUGUGGGUAUGUUGCCAGGGCUGGAGAAUUAUAGUUGAGGAUAGACUGGUAGGACUGGACUUUGGAGCAAGGAGAUUCAGUCCUGGUGUAUAAAAUUGAGACCAAGACAAACAGUAAAUGUGGAGGUUGGUGGGUUAAAAGGUGGGACAUAGAUUUAAGUUAACUGAUAGAAAGACUAGAGAGUAGUUUAAAUAUUUAUUCACUGUACAACUAGUGGAACUUGCAACUCACUGCAUGGUAGAGGCAGAAACCAUAUUUAAAAUGUAUCUGGACGAAACCUACAAGGCCAAGAUCUGGAAAGCAAAGUUAACCCAAUUUCUUGGUCAGCAUAGGCCAAAUGGUGGCCAUGUCUGCUGUAAAUUCUUAUGGUUCUAUGAUUUGUCACUCAGUAAGUCCUGGGUUUUCAGUCUACAUGUCAGCCUGUGACUUCCAUUCAAAUGGCUGGACUGCAGCAGUUCUGCUCCUUGCAAGAUUUAGGCCAAUGAAGCAUCACCUCAGCAUUGUGGAGAAUGCAGUUGAUAAUGCAUGUCCAAAAAUUGCUGGAUUGGGGCAUUACUUUCAUGGUUGAACAAACCUACAAUCUUACAAACAAAGUAGCAAUAACUAAUUUAUAUUGAUUUCUAAUUCUUACUGAGGUUUGUGGAAGGGAAUGUUUAGUCCUCUUUGGAAAGUGAUGCAACCAGUUCCAACCAGUUGUAAUAGAAUCUUUUCUUUCUAAAUCCUUGACCAUUUCUUCACUCAGUGAGUGACAAUAAGUAUUGAACUUCCUAUAAGGACUCCAUUCCAUUUUCCCAGUUUCUUUAUCACCGCCUUGCCUGCUUUGAUGACAAAACUUUCCACACCUGUACCUUCUUAAGAUGAAUUCCUUUUUCUUCAACUAUGCUUUUCCACUGCUGUAUUUGCUCUCGACCACAUCUCUAUUUCCGCAUAAAUUCCACCAUCUCAAGUGGAAUUCCAAGUCGCAUCUUCCCUUUCCUUGAUUCCAAGAGGUCCAUUCCCUCCAUAACUCCCUGCUCCAUUCUUCCAUUCUCAUCAAGCACUCCUCGUAGAAUUUUCCCAAGUAUCUGGGCGGGGGGGGUUCAACACCUGCCUCUCUACAUCUUGUCUUCCCACCAUCCAGGGACUCAAACAGCCCUUCAAGGUGAAGCAGCAAUUCCCUUAUACUACUUUCACUUUAGUGUAUUGCAUUUGGUCUUCACAAUAUGGUUGUCUUUAUAUUGGAGCACCCAAAUACAGAUUGGGUGACCGCUGUGCCAACCACCUGUUCGAUCUGCAAGGAUGACCUUAAGCUUCCAGUGGCCCAUCUCUUUAAUUCUUCAACCUUGUUCAUUUUUAUACCUCCCAUUUAGAUAAUACCACCUGAAACCUUUAAUGAAAAUCUAGAAAUUCUGAAUAGAUUGACUUUUGAGUAGGUUAUUUUGCCAUUGGUGAGCUCUAAAGUGUUAUUAAGAAUUCAGAAUAUUCUUUUUCAUGAUUUUUAUAUACAAACUGUUGGAUCUCUAUAAUUCAGCUCAGAGGUUGGCUAGGGUCAAGGGUAAGGCUAUGUUGUUUAGCAUCUAUUCUGGGCUGUCUCUGGAAGUUUACUAUUUUGGUCAUUUCUUCAAAUAACUUUCAGUAUAUUGUGAGAGCCAAUCUUAGCUGAUUGUAGAUUGACAUUUUUAUAUCUGACAUUAAGGUUCUUAUGUAAAGUUUUCAUGUAUUGCGAGCAAAUAUGUUAUUCCAUGAUUACAGUAAGUCAGUGGAAUACGAUGUAUUACGCUUUGUUGAAGAGCAGGAUUGUAUUUCUUCAAGGUUACUGCAUCUGAAUACAAUAAAAUUCCAAUAAUUUGCCACACUUGAGACUUUGGUGCCAGACUGACAGAUUUUCUGGCCUAUUGAGUAUUAUUACAAUUAAUACGCAACUGUACCUCUAAAUCACUUUUUUUUAAUGUCACAUUGUAUUAUAAUAAAUUUUCCAGUGAACUCAGUAAGUUGAAAGGUAGCACAGGAACCAGAGCCCUGGUGAAUUGAAAGGGAGCUUCGGAAAGGAAGUGAGGCAAACAUCACCUGGUGAGCCAGAUGCCGAACAGUAAUCUUUGGGUCUGUUACUGUAAAACGAAUUUGUAUGGAACUAUCCCUUUGCCUCCACGGAAGCUGCUUGACCCACUGAGUUUCUCCAGCAGUUUGUUUUUUGACUUAUUGUAUGUUCUUAGUUGGUCUUCAAUGUGAAAGAUCAGAGGGUGGAAGCACACCCUGACAUAAAUGAAGUGGGAGAGUUCAUGGGAGAAGCCAGGGAGGUUGAGUUGCAAUGGGGAUGUUGCCACUGGAAUGGCUGUAAAACCCAACAGGUUUUCUGGCUUUGAAAGAGAGGCAUGUCUUCUGGGUCAGGAAUCACUUGCCUCAAGCUUAAUUAAAUCCCAUCCCUCAUCUUUAAAGGACAGGCAUUCCUGCAAUGGUUACACUGUGUUUUGACUGAGAGGGCCAAGGUAUGGGAACUACAGACUUGGAGUACUUUCUUUUUCUUUCUUGCCACUCCCUCCCUUCCAGUUAUCCCCUAUCAGUUAUUAUUCUAGGGGGGUCAGGCAUAGAUCUGCAAGAGCAUACAGAAAACUUAGUUCUAUUGCUGCAUCUGAUUUAUCUGGGCCAUGGCUUUGUGUGAGCAUUGUGGUAAACCUUUUGCUGAAGAUAUAACAUUGAAAACAUAACUGUAGCUCUGUGUCAAAAGUAGAUCAAGUUGUUGCUAUUGUGGUUAAUUUUUAUUCAGCUUGCUUAUUGAUCACUGCUGUCAAUCAUAACAUCUAAAGAGAGGAAUGGAUAGGGGGUAUUGUAGCUCCAUUAUUCUCUGACUAGAUGAUGGUGAUGGCUCAGGGAAUCCUGGAACAUGUGUCCAGAGUUCCACAGAAAUGAAAUUAAACUUAAUAAUUUUCUGGUGUUUUGAUUCUGUGGGCAAGUGCUAGGGUUGGUAGAUUUUUUAAAAAAAAUAUUGAGGAAGGUAUCUGGCAUAUAAGAGGUGGAAUCUGACACAGCACUACUGUCCAAAAUGCCCAAAUUCUCUUACGCACUUAUGUAGAAAUGCAUUGGAGAGCUAUCAAAAAUUAUUGUAAAAUAAUAUCUUUAAAUAUUUAAUGGUUGAUUGUCCUUUGCUUUCUAUCUAAUUUUGAUUUGCUUAUCAACUGUGCUGCUGACAUUGAUAUCCAGUGGAUGCAGUCUGUUUGCUUUCACAUCUUUUAAGCUGAUGGUUGUAUUUAUUAUUGCAGGUGCCUGUGCUAAAUAACCAAUCACUAAACCGCACGCUGUAGCAUUCAAAGCUGUGGCUUGCUACUCUCACCAACUGGCUUUUCUUCUCUCUGCCCU